AUGCCAUCGCACUCCGCCUCGUUGGAUGUCGCGGCUGCCGAGGUGAUCUUCGCCGAUGGCUUCGAGGACUGCACCGCCUUGGGAACUGCCGACCGGGCAGCAGACGACGCAGGGGAACUCGAUCGUCUGCGCAUACUUCGGGAGUUCACCCUUCUUGACGGUAGCUUCCCACUGCUCGCGUGUCUCACGAUCCAAGCAAGACGACAGAAUGUUGACGACGAACAACUCCGAUACACCCAGCAGCUCCUGCUUGUGGUACCCUGCAAGAUCCCGUUGAUGUGGAUGUCGAUGAUCAGGCGUUGGUUCUCGUACCGAUCCUCGAGAAUCUCCCACGCGUGCGCAUAGUUGUUGUCCUGAAGCGUCUUCGUGUCGAUCAUGCCCGUCGCCGCUCCCACCAGGGACUUGUCCAAGUAGUGCAGCUUGAUGGCGUCCGAGUCUGGCGAGUUCUUCAUCAGCUCCAGGAACAUCGACUUGAACUUCGGCCAGUUCUCGUACUGGCCGUCAAACGUUGGAAUCGGUGCUCGCAACGGCGUCUGCUGGACAAUCACCUGCU